AUGGCCGCAGCAGCUACCCAGACCGCGGCUUGGAACAAUCUGAAAGGCUUCAAGAGCCCGGACAUUCUCCGUCGUUCUGACCAGGCCACAAAAGCUUCUCUAGCAAAUUUGGCCAUGGAUUUUGCCGCUGCUCUCCCUCCCGAUGUCUCUUUGCUCUCUGGUGGUCUGAGAGACGAGUUCACGAACAUUGCUUCUGCCAUGUUUGCCUUGAGUGUCUGUGAUUCUGGCCUGAAUUUGACUGCGGCUUGUGCCGGACUGGGGACAGCUCAAACCAAGCUCGAAUUGUUACAGUCUUGGUACAACCCAGACAACAUCGAGUCAGUUGUCUGCUUCUGUUCCAUUUACGGCUACGACUUCGGCACCACCCGGCAACAGCUUUACGCCAACCUCUAUGCCGCCCUGAUAGGCGUGUUGGCGGCUGCCGACGUCACUACUGAACGCGGUCAAAUCUGCGAUACUCUGGGUCUCUUCAAUCGAACUGGUGGCUCCUUGGGCAUCGACACCCAACUGUACCAUGACCUUGUGUGCAGCAACAUUCCUUCUGCCACUCCAACAACACCGAUCUGGUAUGGACCAACACCGAUCGUUCCAUAUGUCACUAAUAACAUGACCACCUGGGGGACUCCAACCUCAUGGGCACCAAACAUGACAAUCACAGGAACAGGCAUUCUUACUUCUUUGGCACCCAACAUGACAGUCUUGCCAGGAACUGGCAUCUCUGGGUGGAACGGAACGGGUAACGGCAGUACCUGGGGACCACCACUCGGGACUAUCGGCAGUGACUGGUCGCUUACCGUCAACACUCAAACCAAUUGGACUGAUUCUCAGCCCACUGGCACUGGUGCAGCAUCUGAGGCAGGCGCCACAGCAUCGAACGCCACGCUCAUUGCUGCACGCACACCACGAGGUCCUAAUGCCAUGCCAUUCUAUCCCGCAGUCAGCACUCCGACACAACGUCCAGGUCUUUUCAAGCGGUACUGA